UUCCCCCCGCUAGCAGCGCACGUUGACUUGUGACGUCUGAGGCGAGUCGCUGGCGAGUCGCUGGGCUACUGGUGGAGAACAGUCGAUAACUGUGCGGCCACGCCGCCGACCACGUCUCACUCCGCUCUCAGUCGUGAACGGAACUGCGGGGAACCGGCUGAGCGUUCUGACAAAUGUGACCGGAAAAAAAAGCAGACAGCGAGACAAAGAUUGUACCGGUGACACAAAACAGAACUCAACUGAUGAUGACAAAGACAGAAAGGCCAUCAAAAGGCCACAGGUCUCAAGUCUUAUCUCUGGGCAUGAUAAAGAGUGGAGACAGGGUGCGCUCCAAUGACGGCCAUCCCUCUUUCUAUGGGGUGAAACUGUGUGGAAGAGAGUUCAUACGAGCUGUCAUCUUUACCUGUGGUGGUUCUCGCUGGAGGAGAAGCAUAGAAGACUCAGCUCCUGGAGAAGAAGUCUUUGAUCCAUGGAACACAAAUCCCCUCUCUCAACAGACCAGUGAGCAGGAUCCUGCAGAGUCCAAACCAUGGAAAGAUCAAACGUUGGUUGUGGCACCAGUGGCUGCUGGAUUCAGCCACUCAGUUCGCUUGCCAAUCUCAGAGGAGGUGCUGGAGGCUCUACGGAGUGCAGAUAGGAAAGGACGGGAUGUAGUGGUCGGACUGUCCAACGCCUGCUGCAAGUGGGGCUGCAGCAAGAGUGAAAUCAGCUCUCUCUGCUGAACCUAGUUUCUUAAAUAUGUAUCUUGUCCUGUCCUUAAUGGAGAGCACUUCUCGUUUCUCAUGUGAUUCCUCCAGUUUCCACACUUACAAUUCUUAAAAUUACACUUCCCAUCUAACUUACCAUCCAUGUGUUGACUAUGGAUACAGGAAUGUAAAUGUGUAUCAAAAAUGUGUGAUUUUCCCAGAUUGAUAUAUAUGUUUAAUAAAGCUUUAU